CCAUCCUACAAAACCUUUCGAAAAGAAAAAAGAGAGAGGCAGAGCAUAACAUUUCACGCUCUUCAUCAGAUGGACAGGAUCGCAGUUGUUACCGGUGGAAAUAAAGGGAUCGGAUUGGAGAUAUGCAGGGAACUAGCAUUAAAUGGAGUAUUUGUUGUAUUAACCGCAAGAGAUGUGAAUAGAGGGAGCGAGGCUAUCGAGAAGCUUGCGGGUAUUGGGAUCUCCAAUGUGGUCUUUCAUCCGCUCAACGUGGUCGACAGGACCAGUGUCGAUUCACUGGCGGAUUUCGUCAAGGCUCGGUUCGGAAAACUUGAUAUUUUGGUGAAUAAUGCAGGCAUAACUGGAACUACAUAUAUGAACGAGGACUUGGUUUUGACUGCAGAAGAUAUUAGAGGUCCGAAGGCCAAAUCCAUGAAGAAGUACUUUAAGGAGACGUAUGAAUCAGCAGAAAAAUGUCUGAGGACUAACUAUUAUGGAAUCAAACAAGUAACUGCUGCUCUUCUGCCUCUUCUUCAACAAUCAAAUUUGCCAAAAGUAGUCAAUGUCUCCUCUUCCCUUGGUCAGCUUCAGUACAUCCCCGGCGAGAACAUCAAAGAGGAGCUCAACGACAUCGAUAGCCUCACGGAAGAGAAAGUGGAUGGUUUGGUAGUGAGAUUUCUGAAGGAUAUGAAGGAGGAUACGUUGGAAACCGGUGGCUGGCCGAUCCUCUUAUCUGCUUACCUCGUCUCGAAGGCAGCUCUUAAUGCUUACACACGAGUUUUGGCAAAGAAAUACCCUGGAGUCGCCAUCAAUGCCGUGAACCCCGGUUUUACCAAGACUGACCUAAAUUGCAACACAGGACUUUUGCCAGUUGAGGAAGGCGCGAGAGGUCCCGUUACGGUUGCUCUAUUGCCAAAAGAUGGACCUUCCGGCGUGUUCUUUGAUCGGAAUGUAGUAUCCACCUUUUGAUCAAGAUUUUGCUGAGUAGUGCGGAGAGGCUACGUCUGUCUAAACCCUAAACUUAUGUUCUUUUGUAUCGUACGAGUUUCUAAACCGCGUUAGACUUAUUUUACUGAGAUCUGAGAGAGUGAAGUUGUCAUAGAGUUGGGGAGAGCGGGAAGCAGAAAAAAUGACUUAUGCUGAUACGAGUUUCGGAGUGAUUUAGCACCGUACAAAAUUUUCAAUUCGAAUGAUUCAAUAUCCUAUUCUACAAAAUUUGUCAUCA